GAAUUAAAAAUUACUUGUCAUUUUUUUAAGGGCUUUGCUACAAAUGUCUGAUGUAAUUUCCAGGUUUUAUUAUAAUGAAUCAUUUGCUUGUCAAAUAUGCACCAUAACUUAGUGUGAUAGGACAAGGUGUUGCAGUUUUUCUUUUAGGGUUAGGGUUUUCUUUUUUUUGACAUGCACAGCUAAAUCGACCUACAACUAGGCGGGGCUUCAAAAAGGAAAGCCUCAGAGGAGAAGGGCUGAUAUCAUUUGUUUCUGAAAGACAAAAUGAAUAAUACCAGUUGUCCUCAACAAGAUAAGAAAUUAUUUGAACAUACAAUUCUGCCAGCUCUUCACAUCUUGGGUUUUAUUGUUGGACUGAAUGGUAAUAGAUGGGGAUUGAACACUUUGCGGCGCAACUGGAGGAAACUGGGGAAUAUCAAGAUCUUUGUCCUAAAUAUUGGACUAGCAGAUAUUUUGUAUCUGCUCACUCUCCCCUUUCUGAUCGUGUACCACCUUAAAAGAAACAAAUGGAUCUUUGGAGAAGGAUUCUGCUUGGUAACAAGAUUUUGCUUCAACCUGAAUCUGUACUGCAGCAUUGGAUUCCUCACCUGUAUAAGUGUGUACAGGUACCUGUCCAUCGUCCAUCCUAUGAGAGCAAUGGGGAGAUUGACUACGACUCACUCUGUGAUCAUCUCAGUCGUUGUUUGGAUUCUGGUGGGAGCUCAAAGUCUCCCAGACAUGUUCUACCAAAAAACAUUUCAAAACGGAUCAAAAUGUUUUGACAGCACCUCAAAUGAACAUAUGGAGAGUUACCUGAAUUACUCCAUCAUAUGGACG